AUGCAUCUCUCCACGAUAAGUGUGCUUCUUUCGGUUGCGCUAGCAGACGCUGCGCCCUUCGCGGCUGCAAGUCACAACACAGACAAGGAACCGAAGUUCCCCCAAAGAUGCUAUCCAGACCCCUGUAAAGGAGUGACCCAAGUGAACUCUACUGCUGUUUGUGGUGACCCACGACUGGGUCCCAAGGACCUUCCUAUAUUUUUCCCUCUCUCCAAUGAACUUGAGACCUAUGCUCGCUUCGGCGAGCUCUGCCCAAUCGAGUUCCUGGAGAAAUGGACCCUGAAUGCUUCCGACCCGAAGAGUUACUGGAUCUAUCCAGAUAAUGACGGAUUUGUCACAACAUCCGGGAAUGAGUCCAUCCUAGGCAACCUCACACUCAACGUGGGUCAGAGGCUUGAUCGAUUCGGGCCUGAAACUGGAAAAUUCCUGGCACCUCUUGGGGCUCCAUAUAUCCAACGGUCUCUGCCUCCAUCCAAUCUUUUCGCACCCCCCGAAAGUAACAUCCCGUACAAUUAUUAUGUCUACGAGGUGACCAAAGAAUUUGAUGUUCUCUUGGGACCCAUUGCGCCUUGGUUUGAGCAGCCCGGAUUUGGAUCCCAGCUUGUGACUCGGUCCAGCGUGGUGGAUUUGUUGGAAGGGGGAUUCCUGAAAAGACUACAAUUGAAGGACUAUGACGAAGCUGAUGAAUACUCUGCGGGGUAUCUGCCUGCUCCCAGGAAAUCUUCCAGAUAA